AGCCGCCAAUUUUUUAUUUUAAGAAAUAUUGUACAAAAAAGUAUAUUCCCCCUUCCCUAAUUACAAAAUUAGUUGGUUAAUUCAGUUUAUUUUUCAAAAUUUACCUGAAAUAUCAACAUUUCCAUGAAAUUUCAUUUGUCUUCACUAUAUAGAGAGGCAGUAGUGCUUGCCUGCUUGGUAUACCCAACUUCUUGCUUUCUCACAUUCUCUCUCCUAAAAAACUCUCUUUUUAUUGGUAAUUCCAAUUUUGGGUACAAGAAAUUCCAUGGAUUCUAGAAGAUUCAUUGGUGAUCAACAACUCAAUGAACAAUCCAAGCCUCCUGAGGAAUGUUGGUGUAAAGGUGUUACUAAUUUAGGGGAAGUGAAAUGGGUGCAAGAUUUCUUGGCCCACCUUAAGCCUACAAUUGGGGAAGAGGUUGAAAAGGCUUUGAUUCGAGUUCUUGGACCGCAUCUCCCCUUGUCGCAACAAUGUGUCCUGCCUCCUGAUUCAAGCAUGUUGCCUCAACAGGAUAAGCCAUCUGCAUCAAGGUGCUUAAAAUUGCAAUUUAAGGGUGAUUUACCUGCUACACUCUUUACCAUGACCAAAAUAGCAGAUCAGGAUGUUAUGCUUGAAGUGGAGUUGCUUGAUAAAUCUGACAACAGAGUUGAUUAUGGCCCUGAAUCUUCUCUGAAGAUAAAGAUUGAUGUUCUUGAUGGUGACUUUGAUGUCGAAGGUAGAAAUGAUUUGACAGAGGAAUACACUAAAAAUAUCACUCCUCCAAGGAAGGACAAAGGAUCGCUGCUGAAGGGAAAUUGCGAGAUUAAAAUGAGCAGAGGAGUUGCUAGUGUCAGUCACAUUGCUUUCACUGAUAACUCAAAAUCAACGAGAAGUGAAAAAUAUAGACUAGGAGCUAAAAUUGUAAAAGGUCUUCCCCCUGGAGUUAUGGUAAUGGCAGCAGUAAGUGAAGCAAUCAGGGUCAAAGAACGCCGCGGAAAAAGUGCUAAAUUAAGGAAUGCAAAACAAAGCGAGCUUCCAAAAUUAAAAACCCCUACCCAUCAAAACUCUGAUCAAGAGCUCACAAACCUAUCAAUUAUUCAAGAACCACCGCUGCUGCCACCACCAAGUUGGACUUCUAAUGUAAGUGGAUUUGGGCAUACUCUGGAUGCAAACAGCCUUUCAAUGGGCAGUAUAUCACCCACAAAUGUUUAUCAUGAUGCUGCAGCAGCAAAUCAAGCCUGUCAAGGGUAUGUAGCACAAGGCGGGUAUUUCCAAAAUCAUGGUUCUAUGGUUAAUGAAGAUGACGAGAAAAUGGAAGCAUUAAUACAAACUCAUAUGGAGAUGUUGAGAACGUUAAUGGAAGAGACUCCAGUCACCACUCCACUGCAAGAGGGAAGGAGCAAUGUUACCAGGAAGCUAAUAUCCGUAUUUUAUAUGACCAAAGCUGCUACUAUGUUCAUGAUUUCAGUUCAGCAAGAUGCAAGUGUCCCUAGAAAGAAGCGAAAGCAUCAAUGAAACCAUUUUUUUUCAGGCUUAAUGCACAUUACCUCAGUAUCUCAGUUGCUUAAUAUCUUUUUUCUCCUAGCUCAUGUGUUUUCUGUUUUGAACUCGAAACUUGUGGCAAGAAUCUACAGGCUUAGCUAUAUAAAGCUCCAAUGAGAUUGGGCGACAUGUUGUAUAACGAACUUUGAUGGUGUUCAUUCUUAUUGUAUAAAUUUUUUAGCUAUA